GUGCCACUCAUAGAGCCGCUGUCCGGCUGAAUGUGUUAAAGUUCAGUCUCUGAAUCCAGCAGAGACCUUUUGUUCAUUGUAUUGCACUCAAGCAUUAAUCUUAUUCUUGCCCACGUACUAUUAAGUGUACAUGCUGCUUGCAUUGAAUUGAAUUAAAUAUCAGUUUUGUGAAGAAGAAAUCAAACAGGCAAUGUGAUCUUCCAAGACUACCGGAAAAAAUAUUUUUAAUUGGUUUUUUAUUCAUGGAUUUACUUACUUGGUGCUGAUUUACGGACUCCUCGACAGCAAAAUGAAACUUUUCAAUGAGGUGUGCUGCGUUUUGGUGCUUUUGGGGCUGAUUCUGGGAUUAGAGGUCCAGACCCUGGAAAAAAAUAGUUUUUUUAGUAAUUGUCCUGAUAAAUGUUGGUGCUAUCACUCCAGUGUAAGAUGUAUGUAUCAAGGAAUUACUUUGGUGCCGAGAGUUCCGACGAAUACUACUAUUUUAGAUUUACGAUUCAACGACAUAGUGGACUUACAACCGGGGACAUUCCACGGUCUCAAGCACAUGGACACAAUUCUUCUGAAUGACAACAAAGUUAAGCACUUGAGUGCGAAUACCUUCAUUGGGUUGCCGAGGCUGAGGAUUCUUUACUUGUAUAAAAAUUACAUAACAUCAAUAACGCCCGGAGCGUUCUCACACUUGCCAAAUCUGAGACAACUUUAUUUGCAAAACAACAAACUCAUGGAGAUAUUGCCCAACACAUUUAGCAACUUACCUCGUCUUGAGCGGCUAUUUCUGCAGAACAAUGAGCUGAAGAAAAUACCGGCCGCUGCUUUCGAGAAUAUCGGCUCGAUGACCAGAUUGCGGCUCGAUUCCAAUGAUCUGGUCUGUGAUUGUGAUUUGUUGUGGCUGGUAGAGAGAUUGAGAGAUAAACCGGCCGAGAUGGCUGCUAUUUGUCAGUCGCCUGAAGAAAUGCAGGGCAAGUCGCUGACAACUAUGACAAUACACGAUUUUCACUGCAAGACUCCAAAAAUAAUCCAAGGUCCCGGAGAUGUUGAAGUGCAAGAAGGCGAGACUGCAUACUUCACUUGUCGCGUUGAUGGGGAUCCAAAGCCGGCUGUUAAAUGGAUGAGAAACUCCGACCAAGUUAAUGUUGAUGGCAAAAAGUACAUUUUGAAACAAGACGGGACUCUUGUUAUUCCUCGAGUGACUGUCGAUGAUAUUGGAGAGUAUGAAUGUAUUGCUGAGAGUAAAAUGGGCGCUGAAGUUUCUCGGAAAGCUCGCGCAGUUAUUACUGUCAGCCCGGCGAUCCGUUUUAUUCAGUUACCAACUUCUCAAACAGUGACAGCUGGAGAAGACAUAAGCUUCACGUGCAAAGCAGACAGCCAGAUUCCAGUAAAACUGGAAUGGUGGAAAGACGGGCAGCGAAUUUACUCCGACAACCAGCGAAUAUAUCUCCAAGACCAGUCCUCAGUUUUGAAAAUCCUCUCCGCAACACCUCGGGACGGAGCGAGGUACGUCUGCCAGGCUCGCAAUGUCAACGGCUUCGCGGAAGUCAGCGCGGACUUGCGGGUGCUGGACAAAAAUUCCAGUCCCCCGAAAUUGAUCUACGAGCCCCCGAAAAAUUUGGACAGCGAAGUAGGAGCCACCGUGGAGAUCCCUUGCCGCGCCGAAGGUGAACCUAAGCCUGUAAUUCAGUGGAAAAAGGACGGCAGCGCGCUGGAACCAAGAGUUUCUUCGAUAAAAAUCUCCCGGGGAGGCUCGCUGUACAUCCAAAACGUCUCGCUGGCAGACUCCGGACGGUACGAGUGCACUGCUGUCAAUGAUAAUGGACGUGCUACCGCGCAAUGUCUGUUGCAAGUACACCCAGUCCUGGGCAGCAGCAACACCAUCAGCAACAGCAUCGGCUCUACCUCUGACACGCUGAUAAGGCGCGCGUUCAAUGACGCAACUGAGACAAUUGACCGAGCAAUUAAUCAGACGCUUGAGUCGCUCUUUGGAGUUAAUAAUAAUGGCAAAGAACCAAGGCAUUUUGAUCCAUUCCGCGUCACCAGAUUCCCGAACGCAGUCGCCAGAGCAGCAGCAAGACCAGCAGAAAUCUUCGAAAGGACUCUACUAAACAUCCGGCGUUUCAUGGACAAAGGAAUGUCAGUAAAUUCAUCAACACCCUUCAAAUAUGAAGACAUACUCACCUCCGAGCAGAUAGCAGAAAUAGAAAAACUCUCAGGCUGCACCGGUCACAGAAAAAAACACACUUGCAAUAAUCUAUGCUUCCACACCAAGUACAGAAGCAUCGACGGUAGCUGCAACAACUUGAAGCAUCCCACCUGGGGAUCAUCUUACACCGGGUUUCGCCGCAUACUCCAGCCGAUUUACGAGAACGGAUUCUCGCAACCUAUCGGCUGGGACUCCUCGAGACUCUACUAUGGAUUUAAGAAACCCCCUGCGAGGUUGAUUUCUACCAAACUUAUUUCCACGACAAAGAUAUCGUCAGACUCGAGAAUCACGCACAUGGUGAUGCAGUGGGGCCAGUUUCUUGACCAUGAUUUGGACCACGCUUUGCCAGCUGUUUCUUCCGAGUCCUGGGACGGAAUAGACUGUAAAAAAUCCUGUGAGAACGCAGCACCGUGCUUUCCCAUGCAAGUGCCGCCGGGGGAUCCAAGGAUCUCUAAUAGACGGUGUAUCGAUUUCAUACGGACGAGCGCGGUCUGCGGUUCCGGGAUGACUAGUAUUCUCUGGGGUCAAGGAAUUAUGCCUCGGGAGCAGAUGAAUCAGUUGACUAGUUAUUUAGACGCUUCUCAGGUUUAUGGAUAUAACGAUGAGCUGGCUUUGGAUCUCAGAGAUAUGACUCCAUCAAGGUCGCUUAAUAAUGAUGCUGACAAUAAUGACAAUAGAGGGUUACUAAGAGAAGGAGUUACUUUACCUGGUAAAAAACCACUGCUACCUUACUCAACACCUGGCCAAUUCGUCGACUGCCGAAGAAACCCCAUAGAAUCAACAAUAAACUGUUUCGUCGCUGGAGACAUCCGAGCAAACGAGCAAGUAGGUUUACUCGCAAUGCACACAAUCUGGCUGCGAGAGCACAACCGAAUAGCGCGAAUCCUCGGCGAACUGAACCCCCACUGGAGCGGGGAGAGACUUUACCAAGAAGCUCGCAAAAUAGUAGGCGCCGAAAUGCAGCACAUAACUUACCAGCACUGGUUGCCGAUAAUAUUCGGGCAGACUACCGAAGAACUAAUAGGCUCCUGGACGGGUUACAAUCCAGAACUAGACGCGAGUAUUUCUAACGUCUUCGCAACAGCAGCUUUAAGGUUCGGGCACUCGAUAAUCCAGCCGAGAUUGGAGCGUCUGAACGAAGACUUGUCGAGCAUUCCCCAGGGCCCGCUGAACCUGCGAGAUGCUUUCUUUUCUCCUUGGCGGCUGGUCGACGAAGGCGGAGUCGAUCCUCUUCUCCGAGGAAUGUUCGGGACUGCAGCGAAGCUUAAAAUGCCCGAAGAAAAUCUCAACACUGAGCUAACGGAGCAGUUGUUCAGGACUGCUCACGCUGUUGCACUGGACCUAGCGGCUAUGAACAUCCAGAGAGCGCGCGAGCAUGGAAUUCCAGGGUACCUAGAGUGGAGAAAGUUCUGCAAUUUUUCCCAUGAUUUUGACAGCUUUGAUGAGCUAGCUAAUGAAAUAUCCAGUGCGAAGGUCAGAAGGAAGCUCCAGGAACUCUAUGGACACCCGGGGAACAUCGACGUCUGGGUCGGAGGAAUUCUUGAAGACCAAUUGCCUGGAGCGAAGGUCGGUCCGCUGUUCAAGUGCCUUCUUCUUGAACAGUUCAAGCGGACCAGAGACGCUGACAGGCUGUGGUAUGAAAAUCCCUCGACCUUCAAGCCUGAGCAGUUCCAGCAGAUUAAACAGACUAGCCUCGCGAGAAUUUUAUGCGACAAUGGAGAUAACAUCACUAGGAUACAGAAGAAUGUCUUCGUACUUCCUGAAAGAGAUGGAGAGAAAAUGGUUUCUUGUCAGGAUAUCCCAGCGGUUGAUUUGAGAUUCUGGUCACAGUGCUGCGGAGACCUGGACUCUACUUGCACGAGUGUUAAUGGAAACUUGCCGAGGGUCAGGCUACCCAGGUCACCUACUGCGGAAAAAUAUCUUGAGGUCUUUAAUACUCACCAGCAACUGGUUGAUGGUGAUGGUGAUAAGAGCAAAGACAAGGUUGUGAUGAUGGUCGAACAUGUUAGGGAAGAGGCGAGGAUACUUAACAAACUGGUUAAUAAAAUUUCUAAGAGGGUCGAAGAACUCAAGGAGUUUCUCAAGAGCACCAAUAAUACUAUUGAGAGCUGGAUGGCUGGAGAUUUAAUUUAAUUAUUUAGAUUUUUUUAAUUACUGUUGAUAGUUUACGCUUAACUAAUGCAAUUAAAUAAUGAGCGAUUUUUUAAUCAGUGAUACAAAUAGACAAUUUUUUUUUAAUAAUACUAAAGUUAGCCGACGUUUUUAAUUAUUUUUGUAGUAAA